GGAGCUGGAGCCCGAGCGAGCGAUCCCGGCGAGGGUGGGGCGCGGACUUGUGGCGUGUGAGGUGAAAAAGCAGCCGCCCCCGCUGCUGGUACGCUUAGGAGCCCGUGAGCGCGGAGGAAGCAACAUGUCAGCGCCGGCGGCCAAAGUCAGCAAAAAGGAACUCACCAGCAACCAAAACGAAGCCCUUGAGACCUCGGAAAAAGAGCAACAAGAAGCAAUUGAACGAAUUGAUGAAGUGCAGAGUGAAAUAGACAAGCUGAAUGAGCAGGCCAGUGCAGAAAUUUUGAAAGUAGAACAGAACUAUAAUCAGCUCCGCCAGCCUUUCUUCCAGAAGAGGUCAGAAUGGAUCGCCAAAAUACCGGACUUCUGGGUGACCACCCUUGUCAGCCACCCGCAGAUGUCCUCGCUGCUUGGGGAGGAAGAUGAGGAAGCCCUGCAUCACUUGACCAGGAUUGAAGUGAUAGAAUUCGAAGACGUGAAAUCGGGUUACAGAAUAGAUUUUUAUUUUGAUGAAAACCCUUACUUUGAAAAUAAAGUGAUCUCCAAAGAGUUUCACCUUGAAGAAGGUGGGGAUCUGGCUUCAAAGGCAACUGAAAUCCAUUGGAAAUCUGGGAAGGACUUGACCCGGCGCCCGAAUCAGAUCCUUAUUAAAGGUGGCCGCAAAAGGUUUCUAGAGGAGCCAGACAGCUUUUUCACUUGGUUCUCAGACCACAUUGAUGCUGGGGCAGAUGAGUUAGGGGAGGUCAUCAAAGAUGAUAUCUGGUUAAAUCCCUUACAGUACUACCUGAUAUCUGAUCUUGAUAAUGAAGAAGUGAUAGGAGAAGAUGGUGAUGAAGAAGAAGCUUUCGAGGAGAGUGAUGGUGAUGGAGAAGCAAGCGAAGAGGGAAAUAAUGGAGAAGGUAAUGAGGUAGAAGACCGAGGGGAGAAUACUGGACAAAAUGACUAAUAGAACGUUGAUGGAUUCCAAAGCUUUUAGCUUUAAAAAUUUUUCCAGUCCCUGGGAGAAA